AGGCGAGCGUCGACGCUAUCCAUCCAUACAGACGGUAGGCGGAGCUGUUCAAGGCAUUUGUUGCACUUUAAUCUGACAUCUCGCCAGCCUAUCCCACCCCUGCGCUGUCACAAAAUACACACCAAACGCCACAACCCGUCACCCACCACUUCUACCCACGCUCGCAAACGCGCCGAAAUCUCGCGAAGGCACUUAUCCUCCACGUCACAUAUCCACAAUGUCUUAUUUCCGGAUAACACUCAUGCGCUCCGGCAUUGGCAUGCCUGAGAAGACGCAAGGUGUACUCAAAGCGCUCGGCCUCCGCAAACGCAUGACGACCGUCUACCACCCCGUAACACAGUCCGUCGCUGGUCAAAUCAUGAGGAUAAAGGAAUUGGUUGAUGUUAAAGAAGUCAAGAGCCCGAUGACUAAGGAGCAAAUGCGCGCCGCGAGGAGACCGGAUCCCGGAUACUACAUCGAGCAGAGGGCAGGCGAGGCUAUGAAGGGUUAUGAAUAGAUGCAAAGAGACAGGAAUGAGAUGUGCUGUUCGCAUGUAAAUUAAGCUGCAAACAUGUAUGCAUAUAUGGCGUUAUGGGACAUGAGCCUUACGAUCGAGCCAUUUUGCAUGCUCACUUGGAGGACUAGGCUGGGCGGAUGUCCGGUUGGUAUGCUUUGCCCACUGUGCAUAAGAUAACUCAACCAGAAUCCUCAUUCUUAUCACAGACAUAAGUACAGUGGCUGUAGGUUUCCCGCCAAAUGCGCGUACACGGUUAGAUUCGAGACGGCCGGGC